AUGGGAAAUCAGCAAGUUUUCAUAAACUAUGAUUCUGACCUUGUUUUUGUACAAGACUUAAAUGAUUAAUUAUUGGAUAAAGGAACUUGGAAGCAUCCUUCUUUGGGAUCUAUUAAAUUAUGGUAAAUUAAAAAAAACCCAUAACAAUUGUUAUUUUCUAUAGUAAUGUUUGUUUAUUAUCAAAGAUUAUCUAAACAUCAAAUUUGGAUUCAUAAUUAUUAUAAAUCCAUUAAUCAAGAAGUAUAAUGAAACAUUCAAAUUUAUUAAAAUAUUAUGCUUGUUCAAAGUCAAUAGAAUUAGGAGGUGUAGAGAAAUAAUAAUAUUUUUUUGAAUAUCAUUCAAAAACCUUAAAAUAAAUCACAAUGGAGGCUCCAUUAAAAGAAGAACAAAUUUGGACUGUAUUUAAUUUUAUAAUAUUAAGUUUGUUGAAUAAAUAAUAGAUGUAAUGGAAUAUAUAUAGAAAUUGAAUAAAUAUCAUGGAAACUUAACAUCAGAAGCAAUAUUUAUCGAUGAGAAUAAUAAAGCUAAACUAAUUGAUAAUUUAGGCUAAAACCGUNUAUGUGUUAUUAUUUAGUAUAAAAAAUUAGAGAUCAAAAUUAUCUAAAUUUAUCUUCUCUUGUUUUGUUAAAAAAAGAGAAGAAAUUUUCAUUAGCAUCAUAAAUUUUAUUAGAAACUUAAGAUUCAUUAAUACCUAAUUAAAAUAAUUCAACCUUACUUUUUGAUGAAGGUUAUCUUUAUACAUAAUCCAUAAAAGGAGAUAAAUGUUUUUAGAUUCUUCAAUUAUAAAUUUUCCCAUCCACUAAAAAAAUUAUUGUUAAUUUGA